AUGCGCCGGGCGAAGCCGCUGCAGCCGCAGCCCUCGCCGUCGCCGGAGAUCCGGUACCGCGGCGUGCGGAGGCGGCCGUCGGGGCGCUACGCCGCCGAGAUCCGGGACCCGGCCAAGAAGACCCCGAUCUGGCUCGGCACCUUCGACUCCGCCGAGGCCGCCGCGCGCGCCUACGACGCCGCCGCCCGAUCCCUCCGCGGGCCCACCGCGCGCACCAACUUCCCCAGCGCCGCGGCCUCCGCGCCGCGGCACAGGGCCCCCUCCGCAUCCGCCGCCGCCGCAGCCCCCGCGGCGGCGGCCACGUCCAGCCACAGCAGCACCGUCGAGUCGUGGAGCGGCGGCGCACCCCGCGCCGCCGCCCUGCCGCGGAGCGCCGCCGCGCCCAUUGAGGAGGACGACGACGAGGACUGCCACAGCUACUGCGGAUCCUCGUCGUCCGUCCUCUGCGAAGACGCCUGCGGCGACGACGCGGCCGCGUCCCGCGCGCCCCUGCCGUUCGAUCUGAACCUGCCGGCGCCUCUUGACGCUGCCGCUGAGGCCGAUCAGAUGGGUGCCCGCUACGACACGCUACUCCGCCUCUAG